AUGGGUUUUGGAUAUGUUGAUGUUGCUGCAAUGUCAUGCUAUGUUGAUUGGUGUUCUGUCUUUGAUGGUAUCAGAGCUCCAAUAGGGGCCUGCUGCACAUCCACACCAUGUCUCAGAACAACCAAGAAAAAAAUUGAUGUUACCCAAUCACCAUCCAGUCCAUACUAUAUUCACCCAAGUGAAACACCCUCUACUGUCCUCGUCUCUCCGCCACUCACCGGCGACAACUACCAUCAAUGGUCUCGUGUUUUCUCCAUUGCACUUAUCUCAAAGAACAAGAUAGGUUUUCUGGAUGGAACCAUCCCAACUCCAGCCACCGAUGACCCACUCUUCCCUUCCUGGCGUAGAUGCAACACAUUGGUCUCCUCCUGGAUUUUCAAUUCCCUCUCAGCGCCCAUUGCUCAGAGCGUCAUUUAUUUCGACUAUGCAGAAGCAAUUUGGGAAGAUCUUCGCAACAGAUUCUCACAAGGAGACUUGCUCCGUGUUGCUGAGCUACAAGAACAAAUUUAUUGCCUCAAGCAAGGAUCUCUCUCCGUCACUCAAUACCACACCGCCCUCCGAGCACUAUGGGAAGAGCACGACACGUACCGCCCCGUCAAACCCUGCAUAUGCCCGGCACGGUCUUACCACGACCAAAACUUCAUCAUUCGGUUCCUCAAAGGCCUAGACGACCGCUUCACUGUUGUUCGAUCCCAAAUCUUGCUCAUUGACCCCCUUCCACCGGAAAGCAAAGUCUUCAACAUGGUGAUUCAACACGAGCGCCAACUCCAAGGAGGCGGUAGUGUUCUCGACGAGCCCAUCUCCCUCACCAACGCCGUCAUCACGCCACAACGGCGCCUAAAUCCCGGGCGCGGCCGCGAACGCAUCACCAAUGGUGGACGCAGUGGAGCCGAAAAAGUAUGCGUCUACUGUGGGCGAACCGGCCACACCGUCGACGAGUGCUACGGCAAGCAUGGCUAUCCACUUGGCCACCCACGCUACCCCGGCCGUCCUCGGUUCAAUGAUUGCAGCAACUCCACCGCCUCCUACACCAAUGCCGCUGCCGCCAACCCUAAUUCCUCAUAUCAACAACAACUCAGCAAAACCGGAUCAAGCAAAGAAGAGACCUACCCAACUUCUGGGCCUAGUUUGUCACAAGCCCAAUAUCAAUCUCUCUUAGCUCUUCUCCACAAUGUUCAUGGGUAG